AUGUGGGCUUUCUUAUAAGACAUUGAAAUUUGAUCCGAGAAAAUAAAGAGGAAAGGAAAUAGCAUUAUUAUCUUGUUUAGAGUAAAUUAAGUUGGCUUCUAUUUGUUUGAAUUUUAAUGUGUUUUUUUUUUUGGUUUUUGGUUUUCUAAAGGUUAUUAAUUGUUACCACGCUUAGGUUUCAGUAUAUUGAAAAGUUAAUGUGAAUAUAUCAUCAAGAUUCUUGAGUAUUAUCUACUUUUUAAUCUUUUGGUACAAUUGAGAUUUUAUUAAAGUUUCUUCUGCAGAAGGUGAAAGAGGCCACUUAUAUAUAUACUCGGAAAGAUUAGAAGUGCCGGAUUCUCAAGUGUGUGUGUAUAUAUAUAUAUAUAUAAAGAAAAAGUUUUUUAAAAAAGAAGAAGAAGAAAAGAAAUAUAACAAUUGAGCUAAUUACUUCUUUUGCACUAGAGAGGGGCAACCACAUUGCAGGAGACAAUGAGCUUCAAAGUCCAUGAAGGAGUUGGUCAAGUUUCUUUUAAUCUGCAAAAUAAUGGGAAUCCAAUUCCCUGGUGGAUUGGAACUCAACCACUCCAUGGGGCAAGUUUUGGGCAAUUUAAGUCCUUAAAUGAGAAGAAUACAAUGGGAGAGGAGGGCUAUUUGGGGCCAGCAAUACCAGUGAAAGUUACAGGAAGUAUAAAUACAGAAAAGAAAGGAGCAAAAUUUUCGCAACCUUUGGAAAAUCUCACUCUACAAUCACCAUUACCUGAAUAUGUAGGCCAUUUUGACUCCGGGCUCGGUCACUCUACGGUGUAUUCCAGUUUUUCUUAUGCUGAUCAAUGUUGUGGGCUAUACACCUCUUAUGGAACUCAAGCAAUGAAUGGUCGCAUGCUUUUACCUCUGAGUAUGACGGCGGACGAACCGAUCUACGUGAAUGCGAAGCAGUUUCAUGGUAUCCUGCGUCGACGCCGAGCUCGCGCUAAGGCCGCGAGGGAGAACAAGCUGAUCAAAGUUAGAAAGCCCUAUCUUCACAAGUCGCGCCAUCUUCAUGCGAUGCGUCGAGCAAGGGGCUCCGGCGGUCGGUUUCUCAACACAAAGAAGCUAAAUGGCGAACCAAAUCCAGGCGGUGCCGACCGCAAGGCGAAAAUUGGGCCCGCCACGUCUCCAAGCUCUGAAGUCCUUCAGUCAGACAGUCUCAACAGAAGCAGCGGCUCGAGCAUAUCAGGAUCGGAAGUUUCAAGCUUGAGCUUAUACGCCCGAGAAGAAGUCGACCAAUUCAAUUUCAUCGAGCAUCUCCCCCCAUCCAUCCUUCAUCCGACGGAAAACAAGCUAAACAGAGAUAACAACAACAUUAUCACCAACAAAUGGGCUGCAGCAGCUGACAACUGCUGCAGCCUCCUCAAAGUUUGAUCAAAGAAGCACUA